GCCGUAGAUCGCUGCGUUUAGUCAACAGUUGGUUUUCGAAUGGAACGGUAUUGAUUGUGACGGCGCAUUACCUAGCACAGUUAAUUGUAGCACGGAUUGCGAUUUAAAACGUGAAACUACUUUUCGAAUACAGGUUCCUUGGUGCUAUUGCUUUUGACGACAAAUCGCCCAACAACCACAAUGCGGUUAAGCCCACUCGACCCCAGCUCCUACUCGAAUGCCCACGAGCUUAUCAUACGACAUGUGGAUCUAGAUUGGACGGUGAACUUCGAUAAGAGCACGAUCUCUGGUACCGCAACGCUGCACUUCAAACUGAUCAAAGCUGACCUUCAGGAAAUUUUUCUGGAUGUUAGCGACAUUAAUGUGUCUUCAGUGGCGAUCCGCACGGCUGCCGGUGAAGUUCCGCUCGAUUGGGACGUUGGUGGCCCGGUGUCCAACAUCGGGUCCAAGCUGACUCUCUACCUACCGACGAAGACGAGUGGAGAACUUACGGUGGUUAUCGGUUAUGAGACUUCGCCGAAAGCGAGUGCGCUUCAAUGGCUAACGCCGGAGCAAACAUUUGGCAAGAAAUAUCCGUAUCUCUUCAGUCAAUGCCAGGCCAUUCAUGCACGGUCCAUUCUACCGUGUCAAGAUACUCCGGCCGUAAAGUUUACUUACAACGCAACGUUGCAUCACUCGGCGGAAGUUACCGGCUUGAUGAGUGCGAUAAAGGUGGAUUCGCUGCCAGGAAUUUCGAAGUUUGUGCAGAAAACUCCAAUCCCGAGCUACUUGCUCGCAAUUGUGGUUGGUGCGCUAGUCUCGAAACCAAUCGGUCCUAUUUCGAGUGUAUGGGCCGAACAGGAACAGAUCGAAGAGGCGGCCGAAGAAUUUUCACAAACGCCGGAUUUCAUUGCAAAAGCGGAGGAAAUCUGUGGCCCAUACGUGUGGGAGCGAUACGAUUUGCUCGUCAUGCCACCAAGCUUCCCGUUUGGCGGAAUGGAAAAUCCUUGCCUGACAUUCGUGACGCCAACGCUCCUGGCAGGCGAUAAAUCGUUAGCUACGGUCGUGGCGCAUGAGAUCGCCCAUAGCUGGACGGGGAAUCUGGUAACAAAUCGAAACUUCGAACAUUUCUGGCUCAACGAAGGAUUCACCGUUUUUGUCGAGGGUAAGAUCGUUGGGCGACUGUCCGGGAAUGCUUCGCGUGAUUUUCACGCCCUCCACGGCUUAAGCGAGCUGGCGGAUUGCAUAAAAACUCAGUUGGCUGAUACACCGGAAUUGACGCGGCUGGUGGUGGAUCUGAGUGAGCUCGGACCAGAU